CAGACGCUGGACGUUACGUCGGAACAGCGUAGCAACUUUUGUGCCGCCUUGCAUGGCUCUUACCAAGUAAUCAAAGCAACAACAGUAAAGGGUCGGUUCUCUAAAGUUGUAAUAUAUCUUAUGAUUCAAGACCGAAGAGGAUCUGAGGAGAGCCCUGAAAUGUGAUGCUUGGUGGCGACUGAUGGAAGCUGCCCGAGGUUAAACUGAAGAAGAAGCAACAGGAGGUUGAGCUGAGCGGACGACAGCAGGUCCCCACCUACCGAGGAAAUAAACACCAGGCGAAGAGAAACCGAAGACAAGGGGCUGUUGCAAGGGCACUUUAACUAAUUUUAAUGUUACAUGGAUAGCUGUGGCUCCCCUGGACUGUAGACCCUCAGCUGAAGCCGCAUGGCGUCCACUCAAGCCCGUUUAGGCCAGCAGGCCUUGGCGUUGCUGGAUGUGGCUCUGCGAGUUCCCUGUAUCUUUAUCAUCGACGCAAUUUUUAAUUCCUACUACGACCCAGGUUCGGGAUGGGCCGGGGCGAUGGUGAAGGGGUUGGUCCGAGUAAUGGGUGUCCUCAUCUCCAGUGUCGUGCUGCUGCUCUCCCAAAAAGCCUUGUUCAAGUUCUACACUCUCUUCUUUGCUGUUCUGCUCGGCAUGGCGGCAGUCCUCAUCAACUACUACGCAACUUCCCACAUAGACUUCUACAGCGCCUACUACAAAGCAGCAUUGGGAUUCAGGUUGCUGCCCAGAAACGGGCCGGUGCUGUGGCUCGGCAUGGCCAUGGUCCAGCUCCUUUUUGGUGUGGGCUAUGUGUUCCUGCUCAACCUGCAGUCGGUAUUCGCUGCACUGGUGGUUGUGGACAUCAUGAUCCCCCUGUGGGGACUGAUGAUUGAGCUGCCUGUAGAUGUCAGGCAGCUGGUGGCUGUGUUCUCAGGCCUGGCGCUGGCUCUGAACACAGCUGUGUGCCUGGCCAUGAGGCUUAAAUGGUUCUACUACUCAUGCCGCUACGUCUACCUGCUCAUACGGCACAUGUACAGGAUCUACGGACUUCAGCUGCUGCUAGAGGACACAUGGAAGAGGAUCCGGUUUCCUGAUGUGCUGCGUGUGUUCUGGCUGACCCGGGUCACCGCCCAGGCGCUGAUCCUGGUUUACGUGGUGCGGGCUGUGAGGAGAGAGAGUGGAGAUGCCACAGGCGGUGCCACAGACGGGAGCUCUUACUCUCAGGGUUACCUCCUGAGCUGGGACGUGUUCUGGGACCUGACGAGUAACCUGAUCAUCUCUGGCUGUGACUCCACACUCACUGUGCUGGGCAUGAGCGCCGUCAUCUCCUCUGUCGCACACUACCUCGGCCUCAGCAUCCUGGCCUUCAUAGGUUCAACCGAGGAGGAGGACAAGCGUUUAGGCUUUGUGGCUCCUGUGCUCUUCUUCAUCCUGGCUCUACAGACAGGCCUCAGCAGCCUGGACCCUGAGGAACGGCUGGUCCGCCUGAGUCGGAACAUGUGCCUUCUGCUGACGGCCAUCCUGCACUUCAUCCAUGGCAUGACAGACCCCGUCCUGAUGUCCCUCAGCGCCUCCCAUGUUUCUUCUUUUCGCCGCCAUUUUCCCGUCCUGCUGGUGUCCACGGUGCUCUUCGUGCUCCCUGUGGUGCUCAGCUACGUCCUCUGGCACCACUACGCCCUCAACACCUGGCUCUUUGCUGUCACCGCUUUCUGUGUCGAGCUGUGCCUCAAGGUGAUGGUGUCACUGACGGUCUAUGGCCUCUUCAUGGCCGAUGGCUUCUCUAACGUCCUGUGGGAGAAGCUGGAUGACUACGUCUACUACGUGCGCUCCACAGGCAAUAUCAUAGAGUUCCUGUUUGGCGUCAUUAUGUUCGGAAACGGCGCCUACACCAUGAUGUUCGAGUCAGGCAGCAAGAUCCGCGCCUGCAUGAUGUGCCUGCACGCCUACUUCAAUAUCUACUUGCAGGCCAAGAACGGAUGGAAGACCUUCAUCAACCGCCGCACAGCUGUCAAAAAAAUCAACUCCCUGCCAGAAAUGCGUGGGGACCAGCUGAGGGACAUUGAGGACGUCUGCGCCAUCUGUUACCAGGAGUUUGCCAUGUCAGCCCGCAUCACGCCCUGCCACCACUACUUCCAUGCUCUGUGCCUGAGGAAGUGGCUCUACAUUCAGGACACAUGUCCCAUGUGCCACCAGAGAGUUUACGUCGAGGAGGAGAGUCGAGACCGAGCAGCCUUCUCCAACAACAACGGGGGCUACGCAGCACCGCCGGGGGCGGGGGGAGCAGCAGCCGGUGCGCCGGCUGCAGGAGAGCUUGAUAAUGAGCUGCUGGAGGACAACGACAGUAUAGAAUAUGACGAAGAGGAGUGGGGGACUCAGAAUGGCAGCACGCCAGUAGAAGAAGACUAUAUCAAUGAUGACACAGACUCCACUGAGGAGUGACCAGAAAAUUUAUUGAAAAAUAUACAUAUAUUUAAGUUAUAAAUUUAAAUUACUUCAGUAUCUUAAUUUGUUCUUGAAAAAUAUCAGGGAUGCCAUUCUUGUUUUCUUGUUAGUGUCUUUUUGUUUGAUUUUGCAUUUUACUCUAAAGGGCUCAUGAGAAGAAACUCAUGGAAACUGCUGCUCUCAUUCUGUAUGUGUGUGUGCAUGUGCGCACGCUGGGGCUGCAUGAUGUUUUUUUUAUGUAGUACAGAAUUAGAGACCCUCAUACAAAUCUUGCCUCGUGGACACAGCUGUCUCUGCACAGGUUAUCUUUAUCUCCCAGUGGCUCAGUGCCAACAUGCAUUGGUACGUUGAAAUAAAAUAAUCCAUUUUCUGCAGCAGCUUGUUGAGCAAGCUGUGGACACAUCAUUUUCCUCAGAGAAAAGACAAGAUGCCCCACUUCAUCACCACUCUGUUUAGAUGUUGUCACUUAUGUAGCCCUAAUGUGUAUUUGUGUGUGUGUGUGAGAAUAUAUGUGGUCAUGUCCGUACCUGCCGACAUGUAAUGUGCUUUAGACGAUGUCUUAAAGAUGCAGUUCAUGUUCCCUCGCAGUGCAUUAUAGGGAAAACGCUGGAGUGUUUUUAGCGACAAAACUGUGAAGCAGCUAAACAAAUUGAUGCUUUAAUCAGUCAGCAAGUCAGGAGUGACUUGUUUGUAGAAAGACGAGAUUUGAGCUGAGAAACAUUGCGUGUUCUUCCAUGUGUAACCUACUGUCACUACUUUCUCCAGCUGUGUUGUCAGAUUCUGAAGAAUACCUUUUCUUUUUGGCUCCCAGGUUUCAGUUGGGUUACUCUUGUCAUACGUCAGUGGAGUUCAUUAGUUCCACAGUCAGUUUUGCACACUAAACGUCGAUUUAGACUCUCUCAAACGUCGUCUUCCUAAAGCAGCCGCGAGGGCACUCGGACCCUGACCUGCAGAUCGAUCACAGCUCAAGUUUGUGGUACACUGGUUCAACAGUUUUGUCUUUAAUGAAUUUGAAUACAGGACUUAUGAACUUGUUGAGAGCGGGAGAGUGAAGCAGCUUUCCAUCAGCUCUGCAGCAACAGGAGAGAAACAGAGGUGACUUGCUACUGUAAUCAUUGAUAUACCUCUGUCAUUACUUACUACUGGUCCCUUGUGUGACCUCUCUUACAUUUGUGUACAUUAUUGUACAUAAACACGUGCACACUGUCUCCUUUAGGAAAGGAAUCGUGUUUUCCAAUGAUUUUGUUUUCCCAGAAAUGAUACUUUCCACAUUUGUCUUCACAGAAAGCAGUAUUUGAUUAAAUGCUUGUUUUGGACCCUGAAGCUGUUUGUGGUAAGAGUGCUGGUGUUGAGCAGUGGUUUGUCUGCCAGACAUCGUAAGCACUCGCAUAAGGUUCAAAAGGAAAAAGUACCAUUGUUUGUUUUACAUGUCCGUUAUCAUUUUGUUAGAGCGGUACUGCAGUUUCUUGUUCUGUACAUCUUAGGCAACAAAUCAUGAUGACUGCACCUUUCUGAAGAAUCUAACUGUUUCUAGUCUCAGGGUCCUGCUGCAGGGCUGGAAGAGCACUUUGAAUAAGAUGAAAAAUUUCCAAUCCAUGAAAAAAAAAAAAAAACGGGCUGCAGAAAGGAGUUGCAAAGAUGCUGCCGUUUCGCUGCUGUGAUAUUUGUUGUAACGUCCAGCGACGAGAAGCAGUUGCUCCAUUCUGUUCUGCUGACCACUGAUCCUAAAUCUUUAACUACUGGCACAGAGUGAUGUUUCACCCAUCUCUGACAGUACAGCUCGGCCAACAUGGACCCCCAAGUGACUGUGACUUCUUAAAAAGCUUUCAGGCACAACUCGGGAGUGUUCCACUGUUUAGACUUCCACAGCCUGACCGUCUUAAGGCUUUGACUACCAACUCCUGUUCAUUACUGUUAAUUACUAGUUGCAGAAAAUAAGCUGUAAGAAAUCCAUUAAGUUGUUGAUGAUCAGAGAUGGGGUUUAAUUUGAUUAGAAAGCUGUUUGACAGCUGUGAAGGACUUUGUUUUGAAAACUUUUAAAAAAGUAAGAGCUGUUCAUUUUGCCUUUUGUUUUAAAAAGAGAUUUAUGUAAAUAAAAUCCUAUUUGAUAUUGCAUUUGGACUAUAUCUCAUAUCACUAACGUCACCUUUUUAAUGACCGUGCACAUUUAGCACGCAUGCAUUUAUUCAUAGAUGCACGUUGCACAGGUGAGGACGUUUCAGUGUGUGGAGAUGCAGUUGACACAGUUGGCCAGUGUGCGGCGCCAUUUUACCACUUUAGUGUUUGUGCAUGUUGAGAGACAAAUGAAGAUGAAAAU